AUGAUGUGGGAACGUGGCAACACCAGCUCGCCUUCGAUUGUUGAGGGUACCCUAACUCCAACAGUAUCGAUCAUACAAUCGCCCACGGAAGCAUCAACGCUUCAACCAUCAGAGACGGAAACCGAAACUACAAAAGAAUAUCCGAAUAUAGCUGGGCAAAAAAGUAUCCAUAAAGAAAUUGGAGUAUAUCUGGAUAACGGCUGGUCAAAAAAAGGAUCAGGGUGCUGCUGUGCAAAUGGAGUAUCUGGCGGAUCCGGCGAGAAUAAACUGUGGAACCAAUGA